AUGCCAUCAGAUGAUGAUUUCUGUUCGCCAAAACCUCCUAUACCGUUCCCGGCUGCUCCACGAAGACCGGAGAAAAAAGGUGAUGUUCAGUCGAUCCCGAUUGUCUCUGUGACGGGUUCAUCACUAUACUCGGAAUUUUGUGCUGUGAAAAAUGACACGACGUUCGGAUCGGACACGAAACCAAACGAUUGCUGUGCUGUUUGUUCGAAGAACCUCUCGCAUCUAAAUGAUAUUAGAAAGGUCGCUCACGUGAAUAAGUGUUUGGAUGCGCAAGAAUCAUCGGUAAAUCAUGCUAAAGCCAAAGAAGUAUGGAACAAUACAAUCGAUUGUCCUUUGUGUGGAGAGCCGCAACCUCCCGGUCCCCAUCGAUCGGCGCACGCGAAGCGAUGCGGAAAAACCUACAACAUUGCACCGAAGGAGUUGCUCAGAUUGAUGGAAACGCAACGUCGUGUCUCUGAUGUGAAGAAGCGCCAUAGUAUGAUACACACCAAAGCUCCUGUUCCUCAGAAGAAAGAGAUCAAACCACCGAAACUAGAAGGCGCGCCGAAUUCGUUACUCGAUGAAAACAUUCAACUGGCGAAAGCACUUUCGGCCAGCAUGAACUCACAGCAAUUCGACAACGUCCAGGACACUUCACCACAGGUCACGAGGAUAAUUGACACCAACGACAAAAGGCGUAAGCGACCGCGAUCGUAUGCUGUUGUCGAGUUGGCGCCACGAUCCUGUAGAUGUGAGGUAAUACAAAAGGUUCAAAAUCGAUUUCUGGAGACGUUUCGUGUUCGCAAGACUAACGGAACAACUCUGCCUCAAAGUGAAAUCUGCAAAAAACGAGCGACCCGAACCAGCAUCUUCAUGCAGAACCAGAUACGUCUGCUGCAAAAGGUGGAGCGUUUGGAACGGCUUUCGCAAGAUUUAAAUCGACUUGUUGGCCAAGGAGAAAAGUCGGACGUGCACAUACGAUGCUCCGAUGGGAAUAUUGAUGCACAUCAGUUGUUACUCAAAUUACGGACUAGACUGCUGGAUUCUUCCCCUUCUCAAAAUGGUAUCGUCAGUGCUGAACUUCGUGAAAGUCAAAAGAUCGUCAUGAUGUGGCUGAGAUACGUGUACUCUGGUCGGGUGGAAUGGAACGUUGAGGAAACAGAAAGCAUUCUCAAAUUGGCGGAACAAUAUGGACCAGACGAUUUGCCAUCAGUGUGUAUACGUAUGCGUACUCCCCAAAAAGCAGAAGAACCGGUUGCUUCCCAGGGAUCCGCUUCAGAAUGCAGUCAAGAUAGCAGUAGUGCGAAAUUGGAAGCAGGGAGUGCUUCUAGUGUGAUAGCUUCCACUGAGGUGAUUGCAUUUCGAGAUACUCCAAUUGAUACUGUAAGCAUACUAGACUUUUAUUUUGGAAGUAGGUUGCUUAUAUGGGCAGGUGACAAUUAA